CGGCGGAGAGCGGCCGGGACUAGCAGAGCGGAGCUGCCCCGGUCAGGGAUGUGAGUGUGGCCACCCGAAUGAUGGGGGAGGGCCCCUAGUCUUCAGCACUCUGUCACCUACCCCACCAUCAUCAUCACCCCUCGGCCGCGCCAUGUCGGGGAAGGAGAACCCGUGCAAGAAGUUCCAGGCCAAUAUCUUCAACAAGAGCAAAUGUCAGAACUGCUUCAAGCCUCGGGAGUCCCACCUCCUGUCCGACGAGGACCUCAACCAGGCCAAGCCCAUUUAUGGAGGAUGGCUGCUCCUGGCUCCUGAAGGCACGGACUUCGACAAUCCUAUGCACCGAUCAAGAAAAUGGCAGCGGAGGUUCUUCAUCCUGUACGAGCACGGCCUGCUGCGAUACGCCUUGGACGAAAUGCCCACAACCCUCCCUCAGGGGACGAUCAACAUGAACCAGUGUACGGACGUGAUCGAGGCCGAGAGCCGCACUGGGCAGAAGUACUCUCUCUGCAUCCUCACCCCCGAGGAGCACUUCAUCCGGGCCGAGAACAAGGAGAUCAUUAAUGGUUGGUUGGAGAUGUUGAUUGUGUACCCGAAGACCAACAAGCAGAAUCAGAAGAAGAAGAGGAAAGUGGAGCCCCCCACUCCGCAGGAACCCGGACCAGCAAAAAUGGCAGCAACCAGUACCGGGAUCCCUAGCGCUGAGAAGGUUCCAGCCACCAAAUCCACGCUGUGGCAGGAGGAGGUGAAGGGCAAAAAUGGGCAGGACAGCAGCAGCAGCAGCAGUCCCCUGCAGAGCCCGGUUCAGAUGCCCUCCUCCCCAAGCGAGCCAGCGCAGGACAACAAAGGAGAAGGAGGAAUGGUAAACGGAGAUCGCGUCGACGUCGGGCGUAAAACGCGCGUGGAAAGCGGCUACUUCUCAUUAGAGAAGACGAAAGAUUUGAAAAGCGAAGAGCAGCCCUUACAAACACCGUCCUCGCCCUCCACGCCUGACCCCCCAAGCAGGUAUAGUGUCUACGAAACUCUUGACCAGGAACAAGACCCCUUUUCUCCCCCAGGUAACGGCCACUGCCAACUACAGGAGCUAGAACCGGAUCCGAGAACGCCAUCCGUCCCCCUUUUCCCGGCCAACAGAGAGUAUACCCUUCUGGCUGACGUCCCACGAGCACGACGGAUCUCGCACAGAGACCUCUUCCAGGUAGAGAAGAAAAAGCUGGAGCAGAUUUCGCGGGCGCGAAGCCCAGGGAGGGAGGAAGUGGCGCGUCUUUUUGGCCAACGACGGAGGCGCUCUCUGGUUAUUGAGAAGUUCGAAGCUCUGGAUAUAGAGAAGCCAGAACACAUGGAGACCAAUUGUUCCUCCGCCCCGACAAGCGAAGCCCGACAGGGACGCAGUGAAAAGCGCACCUUUCCCAGGAAAAGGGAUGAGACCGGGGUGUCCUCCAUUCCAGAUGUUUCUGGCUCUCAUAUGACAUCGUAUCGAAGAGCAAAAUCCCUGGAUCGCAGGUCUACAGAGUCCUCCAUGACGCCCGACCUCCUGAACUUCAAGAAAGGCUGGUUGACCAAGCAAUACCCAGAUGGGCAGUGGAAGAAGCAUUGGUUUGUAUUGACAGACCAGAAUCUGAGGUAUUACAGGGACUCCGUGGCAGAAGAGGCAGCCGACUUGGAUGGGGAAAUCGACUUGUCAACUUGUCACGAUGUCACAGAGUUUCCAGUGCAGAGGAAUUAUGGAUUUCAAAUUCAUACUAAGGAGGGGGAGUUCAUCCUUUCUGCAAUGACCUCGGGCAUCCGGAGAAACUGGAUACAGACCAUCAUGAAGCAUGUGCGACCCAACACUGCCCCUGACGUCACCAGGAAAGGCUUCUCUCUGAAAUUGUCUGUGCUGAAGCCCAGUUCUCUGCCAGAGGAGAAGACUAAGGCUCCAUCUUCAUUCGUCUCCAGUUCCAUGCAGAGCGAUAAGCAAGACUCUGAGCACUCAGAUGCUGAUGGGGAGCAAAAGAGAAGCCGGGCAAGGGAACGCAGGAGAGAAGGACGCUCGAAAACCUUCGACUGGGCUGAAUUCCGACCCAUCCAGCAAGCACUGGCUCAGGAAAGGGCGCAGGCGGCCGAAGCCUUGAAGUCUGUAUCUUGUUAUGACACCAUGGACUCAAAGAACGACCUAGUGGAGCUUGAAAGAGAGAGGGCUCGGAGAAGGGAAGAACGCAGGAAGAGGUUCGAAAGCUCAGAUUCCAUGGAGGAACCCUCAGGAGAAGAAAGCUCUCGCAUGGAGGUGGACAAGGGACCGGCAUGGUCAGAUUCCGUUGACGGUCGACCAAAUGUCCAAGUGGAAAUCGAGCACCGUUGGCAGCAGGUGGAAACAACCCCGCUGCGAGAGGAGAAACAGAUACCCAUCGCUCCCCUGCCAGUGAGCCCUUCUAAAAAAUACCCGGUGGAAGAUAUCACCGUCCUCUUGGAAAGACAGCUGGAGCAGUCUCGUAAGGAAGUGUCCGAUCUCCUGGCGGAAAACCUCCUCUUGCAGCAUCGGCUAAAGGAGGCUUUGGUGCAGCACCAACACGCCCCUGACGGAUACAUUUUACAGGCCACAUGUGAACGAGGCUUUGCCGCCAUGGAAGAGACCCACCUGAAGAAGAUUGAGGACCUCCAGAGACAACACCACCGGGAGCUGGAGAAGCUGCGAGAUGAGAAGGACCGUUUGUUGGCAGAAGAGACUGCAGCCACCAUCUCAGCCAUUGAAGCAAUGAGGAAUGCCCACCGCGAGGAGCUUGAGAGAGAGCUGGGGAAAACCCACCGCUCCCAAAUCAGUAGCGUUAAUGCGGACGUGGAUUCUCUGCGGAGGCAGUACCUGGAGGAGCUGCAGUCUGUGCAGAGAGAGUUGGAGGUCCUCUCCGAGCAAUAUUCUCAGAAAUGUCUGGAGAACGCCCACCUUGCUCAGGCGCUGGAGGCGGAACGCCAAGCUUUGCGCCAGUGUCAGCGAGAGAACCAAGAGCUGAAUGCACACAACCAGGAGUUAAAUAACCGCCUGGCCAGUGAGAUAACACGGCUAAGAAACCUGGUAACAGGAGAUGGGGUGGUAUCGCCCCUGACCCAGGGGAAGGACGUUUAUGAACUUGAGGUCCUUCUACGGGUGAAGGAGUCAGAAAUCCAGUAUCAGAAACAGGAGAUCAGCUCCCUUAAAGAUGAGCUGCAGACAGCUCUGAGGGAUAAGAAGUACGCCAGCGACAAGUACAAAGACAUCUACACAGAGCUGAGCAACGUGAAGGCCAAGGCCGAAUGUGACAUCACCCGGCUGAAAGAGCAGCUGAAAACAGCCACCGAGAUGCUGGGGGAGAAAACCUCUGAGACGGCAUCGGUGUCUGGAUAUGAUAUCAUGAAAUCUAAGAGCAACCCAGAUUUCCUGAAGAAUGACAGGUCCAGCAUUAACAGACAGCUGCGGAAUAUCAGGUCCAAGAGCCUGAAGGAGGGGCUAACGGUCCAGGAGCGCCUCAAAAUCUUCGAAUCCCAAGACUAUAAGAAACACUAACAG